GGAAAGAGGAUCAUAUCACUCCAUCCGGGCGCCCUCGAUCCUCUUCUUGGGCUCUAUGGUGCAGGCUGGCCACUUUGCCUUCAGCCUGGGUUGGAGUCCACGAGCGUGCAGGAAGAACGAGCCAGAUACUUCGUGAAGGAUCUGAACAUGUUCUUGUACAAGUGCGACGUGGAGAGGAGCUGGAGGAUCAAUCCAGCAGACGUGCCCAAGAACCCCAUCAUCUUCAUCACCGGGAAGUUCACGGUCGAGGAAGUGAAGAAAUGGGGCCAAGAGCGGGUCGUGGACAAGGUCAAGGAGAUUAUAAAGAUGCCGACCUACUCAAGGUUCCUGUGCGAUCAGCUGUGGUUCUUGCCACAAGGUGUUGGCGACUUCUAUGUGAGAAUCUUCUGUGAGAGGGCGGUUGACUUCUCUGAGAAGCUCCAACUCACCAUUGCAGAGAUUGGGAGUAACCUCAGCCGUGGCGUGAGCGUGACGAACUACCUCCUGGGCAACCGCUACCACCCAGGAGAGAGCUUCCGGAGCCACGGGGCCGGAGUUGGCAAGCGCAGCAGCAAGCGCAAAGCAGCAGAAGCUCUGGAAGAGGAGCACAAGCAGCAUGAACAACAUGACACGAGCCCCGAGGACAUGUUGAAGAAGAUCGCGGAGAAGGGGCUAGUCGCCAAGGAUUUGAACAUGAAGAUUCUCGGCAAGUGCAAGGACAAGUUCGGUGACCAUGGCAAGGCUGCCGUUGUCAACUCCUAUGUCCUUCAUGAGCGACUUGCUCUUGUGACACCUGCUACGGCCCUUUUCUGUGGCACGGCAAAGGCCAUUGGCAGCCACCUCGAU